AUCCCAAUGAAAUGGGCCAGACCCUUGCAAGGGAAAUAAAAUUCUUCUGCUAUUUCGUGGCUGAUUGCCAAAUGUGCAAUUUAGACCACAUCAAAAAUGUAUGUCGCAGGAUGCUGUCUUACACACAGUAUCUUUACGAGAGCAUCGCUGCAAAGUGCUUUCCUCUCAACAACAACCUGGAGGGCAAACAUGUUGCAAGAUAGAGCAUUAAGAUCACGAGAGAUGUGUGUCAUUCCGUUGAUAUGUUGUGGAGGGACCAGAAUAUGCUGUACAGCACUGUAGAAAGGAGGAGGAGAGAGAUGAACACGGAGGGGGACGUUAGCCAGGAUACCGAGACUGACCCUGACUAUUCUCCCAAGGUUCACCUUUCGAAGGGCAAGAUAUCGAGCAAAGACGAGGAGCGUCUCUUCGUCCUAGCCACUGCUGGUAGAGUAAAAUAUGGUGCAAUCCAUAAAUAUGGAGGCAAGGCCAGUACCUCAAAAACAAAGAGGAGGGGGUGGUGCCCUGUCCAACGCUGCACGUGUGUCGGGGCCUUCCUCCCCCAACAUUUGCGCCAAGUCCACCACUUGGACAAUAAAGGGCAGACAUAUAGAUCGUACUUAAAAAUGGCCCGUUACUAUCAGGGGAGUGAUGAGUGGCAACCAAACCCAUCCACACCCUCUCCCAAGAAGACCAGCCCUAUCACCAAACCCAGCAAGAGGCCAUUGGAGGUGCUAGCCCUCACCGACGACUCCGAUUCAGAACCAAAACUGAAGAGGAGAAAAAUUGAAAAGGGAGACGAGUCUUCUCAGUACUCCAGGAAAGCGGUGCCACCUUCACCCCCUCACGCCACAACACCAUCUGUGGCGCCCACCACAACACCAUCUGUGGCGCCUGCAUCAGGCGCAAAGGUGGACUCCGAGGAGUCUGACUCUGCAUAUGAGCAGGAGGUAGAUGAAAACGAGGAGGCAUACUUCACACAUCUUGCACCACAGAUGCCCCGCCACAGAUGGUUGGUGGCGUUCUACACCUACCUUAUCACACCUGCGGCAGGCUUCCAUUGUGAUAGCAACCGUCUGCAGCAUGUAGUGGAGGUGAAGAUCUUGGAACAACUGCAGCCAUCUGGCAGCAAUGUUCAGGUACUCAGCAAGGACGAUGGCUGCAAGGUUUGGUUAGAUUGGGUUUUGCCCAAUCUAACCAAACGGGCAGCUGGAAUCCUUAAGAGUUACUUGAACUCGCUGCAGAUGUUUCUUGAGCUUCUGCUCAAUAGGGAAAAGAAAGCAGACCUGCCCGACAUGCCAGAAAGUGAAAGAAAGAGCCUAGAUGAGGUGCGCAACAGCCUAACAGGAUGGCGGCGAACGAUAACCAAAGAGACCUCGGCUGCAAGAUACACAAAAAACUUGCAGGAAACGGAGAAUUUGCUCACCACCAAGGAAGUGAACGAUAUCAUGACUUCGGAAACAGCCCAGGAAGGUAUACACGCCUUGGAAGUUGCACAAAAUGCCACCAACAGCCAUUUCAUAAGUGCAGCCCAAUAUGCAGCCGCACGUCACUACAUCCUCGUUCAGCUGACAAGGAGCGUCGGCAGGUCCUGGCGCUUUGAAACCGCCACCAUAGGACAGUUCAAAGCGGCCAAGUGAGAUAAGAAGGAAGGGUGUAAAGUUAUGUUGGUUGUUUCACACAAGCGGGAGGUCGAUGGACCAGCGCCCAUCCCCCUAGACUUCAACAUGGUGCACCAGCUUGAGAUAAUCAUAACAAAACUUAGGCCACUAGUGUCGAAGGAUGGAUCGGACUCUGGGAAAAUCUUUCUGAAGACCGAUGGCGCACCUUUUCAAUGGCCGUCAACCGCCAGAUCACUGCCUUUGUAUCCAAAACAGGUGUAUGUGCUGACCGGGCAAUAAGCGCCACUGAUUUCCAAAAGUGCUUAGUCACAAAAACGAGACAGCAGAAGCGGGUGGGCAGGUACCUCAGAGACGAUCUUACUGAGCUUGCGGCAAAGGCGUCUCAGCAGAUCAAGGUCCAUACAGUGCCAUCCACGCCGACCAAGACCAAGGCUGCACCCUCGGAGAGCAACCCUGUGGAACCUUCCUCUAACUGGUCUACCCAUUCUCUGACUCCAGAGGAGCAGGCAGCCUUUUCCUUCGUCUUUGAAGACGACAUCCGAGAGCGAAAAGCUCCCCGGAGGAAACGUGUGGUCUCUAU